AUGGCAUGUGUGAGAGAAGGUGGUCACCUUGUCAGUGUCAAUUCGGAAGAGGAAAUGACAUUUGUUCAUCAGCUGUUGUUUACAAUAUCUGAAGCUGGACGUGCUGACCAAGUUUAUAUAGUGACAGAUGACGAAAUAAAAGUACUAGGCGAUUCAGGUUCAUCAUCUUUCAAUCAUUCCAUGUUUACAUGUGGAAAUGGUGAGAUCAUAUCACAGCUAGCAGCUUGUGAUUCUUAUAAUGAUUGUUCUGACAAUUCUGACGAAAAACAUUGUGGUACAGAAUGUUCAAGUUCCCAGUAUCAAUGUGCAGAUGGUUCAUGUAUACAUUUAACUUUCUACUGUGACCACAUAAAUCACUGCAAUGAUGGAUCAGACGAACAACAUUGUCAAUGGAGAAGUUGUAAAGACGGAGAAUGGAAGUGUGGCAACAAACAAUGCAUUCCUUCAGCUAAUCGCUGUGACGUCACAUGCGAUUGUUUUGAUGGAUCAGAUGAAAUUAAUUGUGAAACUUGUAGUUUAAACAGUUAUCAAUGUUAUGAUAAAUCAUGUAUCAGUAAAGAUCGUGUAUGUGAUGCUGUAGCUGAUUGUCCUGGAGGAUACAAAGAAGACGAAUAUGAAUGCACUGAUAGUUUCAAACAGACAUCGUGUGAACAAUGGUGGAUCAUCGGAACAAGAUUAAACGGGAUGUACUUUAUAGAUCAAGGAACAGAAGGAAAUUUGACCUGUCCUGGAUUAUAUAGAUGUCAACAGUCAACCACUUGUUUGUUAUUUGAUGAGGUUUGUGACAACAUUAGACAAUGUCCUCAUGGGGAUGAUGAAGUUGGAUGUUAUAUCACAUGUCCUAUUGGGUGUUCAUGUGAAGGGAAUGGACUAACAACUGUAGAGAAAAACGGAUUUGAUGGACUUGUAUCUCUUUUGUUUAUUGAUUUGAGACAAAACGAUGUGACAAAAUUUUCUCCUGAUAUAUUUUCUCGCCUUUCUCAUUUAACACAAAUGAAAACUGAUUCCUAUAUAUUUUGUUGUUUAAAACCAGAAUCUGUUUCCGCAGACAAUUGUUUCCCCAAAAUGGACGAAUUUUCCUCGUGUAGGGAUUUGAUGAGAAAUGAUGUAUUGCGAGGGUGCCUAUGGAUUAUUGCUAUAAAUGCCUUAAUUGGAAAUGUUGGAGUUAUACUUUAUCGUAUAAUCUACGAAAACACGCUGGUAUUUAAGGCAAAUUGGUUAUUUAUUAUGAACCUUGGUGUUUCAGACAUGUUGAUGGGUGUGUACCUAGGGAUCAUUGCUUUUGUUGAUAUGUACUACUCUGGAAACUACAUUUUACAUGACAGAGAAUGGCGAGAUAGUACUGUAUGUAAAUUUGCAGGUAUCCUUGCGGCCAUUUCAUGUGAGGCAUCUGUUUGUUUUGUCAUGUUAACGACUUUUGAUUGCUAUCUAAUGGUACAGUUCCCAUUUGGCAGAUGGAGGAUAACAUACAAAACAGCAAAGGUUUCGACUUUGGUUUGCUGGUUAUUUGUAAUCAUUAUAGCUGUGGUCCCGAUUUUUGAAACGGCAUAUUUUUCUAAUAUGUUUUAUUCCAGAACAGCAGUUUGUUUGGCUUUACCAUUUUCCCGACAGAAAGUCAGCGGAUGGGAAUAUUCAACAGCUAUUUUCGUGUUUUUCAAUUGUAUUGCGUUUAUUGUAAUAGCUUGGUGCCAAUUGUCAAUUUACCAAAUAGCUAAAAGUAGUAAUAGAAUAAUGACGAAGAGGACAAAACAAGACCUAACACUGGCUAGACGAUUAUUCUUAAUUGUUUUAACGGACUUUCUUUGUUGGUUUCCUGUUGGAAUAAUGGGUAUACUAGCAAUGGCUGGUCAAGUAUUUCCGUCAGAAGUUUAUUCUUGGGUGGCUGUAUUUGUGAUGCCACUAAACGCAGCAUUGAACCCUUUUCUUUAUACGUUUUCAACAAUAAAGCAGAUGCAUCUGAUGAAAUUUGCAAGGCUUCUGUAUUUAUCAACAAUGCACAGAUUCUUCAGACGAGGCACAUAA